AUGAAAGUUGAGCACUUGCUCUGUGUAAAUGGUCACAAUGAGAGGAUAUGGUGUAUCGCAUGGAGUCCUACGGAAAAUAUCUUCGCCACGUGCAGUGCAGAUCGUAAAGUCAAGAUAUGGAGGUUUAUAAAGGAGGAUAGUGUAGGAGUCUCGCAUUUUUGUCCCUUGGAUCCACAGAAUUGCGGAAAAGAGUACAAAGUGGAGCUUGAGUUCUCUAUCGACAACGCAUUCAAAAAGACCGUGAGGAGUGUAAAGUUCAGCAAUGACGGCAAAUUUUUGAUCUGCGCCUCUUUUGAUGGCACAACGUCAAUAUGGACUCGUACAUAUAUUAGGGAUUCUACUGGAGAAUCUACACAAAAUCCUACGAGUCAUACUGGUUGUAAACUCGUCUGGAAAUAUGUUUCUAUACUGCAAGGUCACGAAAAUGAGGUGAAAUGUGCAGCUUUUGAUCCUAGUGGAGUUUACAUUGCAACUUGCGGUAGAGACAAAACCAUCUGGAUAUAUGAAAAGAGCCGUGAAAAUGUGUAUGGUCGUGGAGAUUUGAAUACGAUUGAAGGUUCAGAUUCACAUAUGGAAUACUUUUGUUCUGCCAUACUUUCAGGGCAUAGACACGAUGUAAAAUACGUCUGCUGGAACCCAUCUGCACUUUUGCUUGCCAGCGCUUCCUAUGAUAACGCUGUAAAACUAUGGACUAUAAAAGAUAAUGACUGGCGAUGUAUUCAAACACUCAAUUUGCAUAGCAACACUGUAUGGUCCCUCUCCUUCAAUUUUGAUGGCUCAUUGUUAGCAUCAUGUUCUGCAGACAAGAAUCUCUUUAUUUACGAAAGUAAGGUAAUGAAGAAUUUUCUUGACUCAAAUAAAAUCGCAAAACCUCAAUCACUUUUAUGGACAGUAGGCCCGUUCUCCGAUCCCUUGACAUAUAAGAGAUCAGAGGCAUCUACAUACGCACCAAUCCUUGCAGAUGAUUGGGAAAUAAAGAGGAGUUAUAAUGAACUACACUCGAGGCCAAUUUACACACUAGACUUUGGAGAUUCUAUUCUCACGGGGGGAGGGGAUAAUGCAAUCAAGAUUGUAAAGCCUGAUGGAAAAUCUGAAAUGCUAGAGAUCAAUGGACACACUUCAGAUGUGAAUAGUGUGGCCUGGAAACCAUUUGAUGAUAGGGAGAUCUUUGCGUCGGUUGGAGAUGACGAUUGUAUACGAUUCUGGAGAUUAUCGUAA